CAUUUGUAUACUCUAAAUGACUUGCGAAAUAACCAAACCUGUUUAGGCGACUCUCUUAGAACUCCCAACAAUCCUCCGUCACAAUGCCUCCACUGGUGAAGCAAGACCUGGGGCAGUUAACGGCCAUUUCGUCCGGCACACCGUUGCCCAAGCACGACAAAUACAUUGCCCACGACGGCCCCGAUGACAUGCAGUCCUUUACCGGUGAAACCGCCAAGAUUGGUGGCUGGCAGGGGUUUGUGGACUCCUUCAAACAGUACAAGACGGAGGAAAUCAGCUACGACCCGAAUGUCUCCGACUUGGAACGGGCGGCCAUCAAGAACGCAAACUCUCCAUUGUCGCGUAAAUUGAAGGGGCGCCACUUGCAGAUGAUUGCAAUCGGGUCGUCUAUCGGGACCGGGUUGUUCGUCGGUAGUGGAUCUGCUUUGCACACGGGUGGUCCGGGGGGUGUCUUGAUCGCGUGGUUCCUCAUUGGGAUCAUGAUGUACUCUACCGUUCAGGGCUUGGGUGAGUUGGCAGUCGCCUUCCCCGUCAGCGGUGGGUUCAACACGUACGCCACACGUUUCAUUGACCCGUCGAUUGGGUUCGCCGUCGGCUGGAACUAUUUCCUCCAGUUUGUGACCUUGAUGCCGCUAGAGCUUGUGGCUGCGAGCAUCACCAUCCAGUACUGGAAUACGACCAUCAAUCCAGAUGUGUGGGUGUGCAUCUUCUACGUGGUGGUGAUUACAAUCAACUUCUUCGGGGUCAAGGGCUACGGCGAGGCAGAGUUUGUGUUCUCCACCAUCAAGGUCAUUGCCGUCAUUGGGUUCAUCAUCUUGGGGAUCGUGUUGGCCGCUGGUGGCGCACCAAACGGCUUUAGCCCUGGUACCCAGUACUGGCACGUUCCAGGAGCCUUUGCGAACGGGUUCAAGGGCGUGGCCUCCACUUUUAUCACUGCUGCCUUCAGUUUUGGCGGUACCGAAUUGAUCGGUCUUACAGCUGCCGAGACGCUGAACCCGAGAAAGAUGUUGCCGGCGGCGAUCAAGCAGGUGUUCUGGCGUAUCACUUUGUUCUACUUUGUUUCCUUGACCAUCAUCACCUUCUUAGUGCCGUACAACAACCUGCAUUUGAUGGGUGCCUCCUCCGUCGACGUCACCGCCUCUCCCUUCGUGAUUGCCAUCGAACAGGGUGGGAUCAGCGGGUUGUCUUCCGUCAUGAAUGCGGUUAUUUUGAUCUCUGUGCUUUCCGUGGGCUCCUCCUCCGUUUAUGCCACCUCCAGAACCUUGGUUGGUCUCGCAGAGUUGGGCCAGGCUCCGAAGAUCUGCGGGUAUAUCGAUAGAGCUGGAAGACCGCUCGUGGCGAUCAUCUUGACAAAUGUGUUCGGCUUGCUCGCCUUCAUCGCAGCGUCUGGGAAGCAGAACGAGGUCUUUAGCUGGUUGUUGGCGAUUUCCGGGUUGUCGUCGCUUUUCACCUGGAUCACCAUCAACUGGGCCCAUUUGCGCUUCCGAAGAGCCCUCAAGGUCCAGGGUCGUUCCACCAGCGAGCUAACCUUUGUUUCACAGGCCGGGAUUGUCGGUUCGCUUUUCGGAUUCGGUCUCGUUAUCUUGGUGUUGGUGGCGCAGUUCUGGAUUGCCUUGUUUCCGUUGGGUGGUCCCUCAAGUGCCGAGAAUUUCUUUGCCUCCUACUUGGGCUUCUUGAUCUUGUUGUCCUGCUAUUUCGGCCACAAGCUCUACACCCGCAACUGGAAGCUCCAGCACCGCGCGAGGGACAUCGACAUCGACACUGGUAGAAAGGUCGAGGAUAUCGAGCUCUUGAAGCAGGAGAUUGCCGUGGAAAAGGCCGCCAUGUCACAACGCCCGGUGUACUACAGGUGGUACAAGUUCUGGUGCUAGAAAAUUUAGAGUGCAUUAAAUACUAAUUAUGAGAAAAUACCAAUUAUGAGAAGGCUAUAGUGGGGGAAACUGUAUCUGGUAUAUGCUAAAGGUGUAGAGUUAUCCUUUGCCAAGCCUGCCCAGAUGACACCGCAGAUUCAGUUUCAGCUAUACCACCAUACAUGCCUCAGAAAACAAUAUCCUAACCGG